AUGGAGCCAAUUCCGGGCGAUCGAGUGGUUCCACUCCAUUUCUUCGAGGAUAGUUGGCUUGUCCAGGGUAAUAACAUGGCUGUAUCUCUCGUGUUUGAUGCAGUGCUCGACCCAGAAAUAUUGCGCGAAUCCCUUGAGGGCCUCGUCAAACGAGAGGGGUGGCAAAGGUUAGGAGGAAGACUGAGGAAGAAUGCCGCAGGUAAGAUCGAAUGGCACAUUCCAGCCCAGUUCUCGAUCGGCAGACCACCAAUAUCCUUCGCCCAUGUCAAUCAUGGCAUACCUGCCGCUUUACACCCGACGGCCUCUCGAAUCCCGAAGCCGCAAGAUCGGCCCUGUGUUGUUAGCGACCCAGAUGACCUAGAAGGCCUGGCGUGGGAGCCUGGGUACAAGCCCAACGGGAUAAACGACUACCUCACCUCCGACCUUCCUGUCUUAGGGUUGCGCGUCAACUCUUUCACCGAUAAGACCGUCGUAGUGCUCCAAUGGCAGCAUGCUGCCUUCGACGCGCUGGGCAUGCAGUAUGUCGUCGCAGGAUGGAGCUCCAUGCUUUGGGGAAAAACUGCCGAAGUAUUGAUCCCAUGUGGUAUAAACUCGGAUCCAUUCCACUCUCUCGCCCAGGGGUCGCGCCCUACGACCGAGGAACAUGUGUUGACUGACAGGAGGGUCGGGCUAGGAGGCUUGCUGCGGUGGGGCUUAGGUUAUGGGGUCGAUAUGCUUGUCCGAGCCAAGGAGAACCGCAUGGUCUGUAUUCCAGAGACAUAUUGGCGGCCGCAAUGGGAGAAGGCUGUAGACGAGCUUUGUACUGAGGCGACUGCGAACGGCGAAGACCCAUCGAAGGUCUUUUUGACUGAGAAUGAUGUUCUGACGGCCUGGAUUUUACGCUGUGUGGUUGGCGAGAUGGGGAUGAACCCUGAGAGAACGGUAGCUACAUCAAUCGCCAUGUCACUCCGCAGAUCUUUUGAGGGUGACCUCCUGCCUGCUUCCACCGAGCAUCCCUACGUUGGCAACGCUUUCGGCUGGGCCAACGUACUUGUUACCGCGGGCGAUGUAACUUCCAAGCCGCUCAGCUGGCUCGCACAGCAGGUCCGGUGCGCUAUCAACGAGCAGGGCACGCGUGCUCAACAUGAGGCAUAUUACGCCAUGGUUCGCACAUCCGGAACCGGUCUACCUAUUAUCGUAUUUGGAGAUGGUGGCAUGGCGCAGGUCGGCUUCUCCAAUUGGUCGAAAGCUGGCUUGUUCAACUUAGAUUUUUCCCCGGCUCGUCAGGGCCCUAAAGACGACAGCAUGCCGUGCAGGCCUUCAUAUGUUCAGGAGAAUCACGGCCCUGUGAAGCCUGCGGACGGGUUUUUUAUCCUCGGAAAGGAUGAGAAAGGGAACUACUGGACUUCUGCAUGUAGGGUGAAGGGUCAGUGGGCAAAGUUUGAGGAGCAGCUGAAAGAUUUAACAUAG